AUGGACUCCACUACCACUACGUCUUCCAGAGCAGCCACAGAUGCGGAGAGGUUGCAGCAGCAGCAGCAGCAGUUGAACUCUGACACCAACCAGUCGCCACACAUCACGAAGGACAACAUCGAUACGUUCAACUACUUUCAGCUGUUUGGUUUAGUCACGCCAACCACUUCCUCGACGGCGACCGCUGCAGGCAGCAACGGUGGUGGUAAUGACGUCACACUCUCUGUCAUCGACGUGGCGGCGGUGCGCCGUACUUACCGUCGUUUGAGCCUGCGCUUCCACCCGGACAAAGACGACUCGGAUGAGGCACGCCAUGCCUUCGAAGUGGUUCGCACGGCACUAGAGACGAUCAUCGACUCGACGAAGCUCGCUGCCUAUGUCAAAACUCUCGACACAGCAUGCGGCGGUGCUGGAAGUGGCGGUCACCCCGGCGAGGAGGCGCGCCAGCGCCAGCGGGCACAGCAGGCGCAUGUAGAGGCCGAGUGGGCAGCCGACAUGCUUAUUCAGCGGGCACAGGAGCGUCUGGCAAAGGAGGCGGCGGCGCGGCAGGCGGCGCAGGAGCGGGAGGAGGCGGCGCAACAACUUCUGUCUGAGCUUACGAGCUCGCUGAACACACCGUUUCAGCUAAUGGAAGCGGAGCUGGUGCGCGACUGGGACGUAGAUGAGGAAAUGGUGUCGAUGAAGACCAAGGAGGUAAUGAAGCUGCUGCACCAACUGGCAUCGGCUGACAGUGGAUGGAUCCCUCACUUCAUGCAGGAAGGAGCGUCGCGCAAGCGUGGCCGGGAUUACACGGCACUGUGA